GGCGGAGGUGACAGGGUCACCGGGGGAACUCUGCAGCGCCUUCCCCCGCCAGCUCCUUGGCGCCUGGGCUCUUGGAGUUGGUGGGAUUGUUGGCGAUCUCCCAGGCGGCGGCUGCGACCGGCGUGGGCUGUGCUCACUCCUCGGCGUGGCCCUGAUGGUGCGGAGGCUGCGGCCUCCUAGGACCCUGCAGCGAAUCUGAGAUUUUCUUCAUGUGCAUGGCAUAGAAGAUGAAUUCCUCUUCCUCUACCAUGAAUGAAGAACCCGAUGCUCUGUCAGUAGUCAACCAGCUGCGGGAUUUGGCAGCAGAUCCACUGAACAGAAGAGCUAUCGUCCAGGACCAGGGAUGUCUGCCUGGCCUGAUCUUGUUUAUGGACCAUCCUAACCCCUCUGUCGUCCACUCAGCUUUGCUCGCUCUGCGAUAUUUGGCAGAAUGCCGUGCGAACAGAGAGAAGAUGAAAGGAGAAUUGGGUAUGAUGUUGAGCUUGCAGAACGUUAUACAAAAAACUACAACUCCAGGAGAAACAAAACUUCUGGCCUCUGAAAUCUAUGACAUUCUUCAGUCCUCUAAUAUGGCAGAUGGUGAUAGUUUCAAUGAAAUGAAUUCACGUCGAAGGAAAGCUCAGUUUUUUCUGGGAACUACAAACAAACGUGCCAAAACAGUGGUUUUGCAUAUAGAUGGUCUGGAUGACACGUCUCGGAGAAAUCUAUGUGAAGAAGCUCUGUUAAAAAUUAAAGGCGUUAUUAGCUUUACUUUUCAAAUGGCUGUUCAAAGAUGUGUGGUGCGAAUCCGUUCGGAUUUGAAAGCAGAGGCUUUGGCAUCAGCAAUAGCAUCAACCAAGGUUAUGAAAGCUCAGCAAGUUGUGAAAAGUGAGAGUGGAGAAGAGAUGCUGGUCCCAUUCCAGGAUACUCCUGUGGAAGUAGAAGAGAACACAGAGCUGCCCGAUUACCUGCCAGAGGAUGAGAGCCCCACGAAGGAGCAGGACAAAGCCGUGUCCCGGGUGGGCUCACACCCAGAGGGUGGAGCUAGCUGGCUGAGCACAGCUGCAAACUUUUUAUCCAGGUCGUUUUAUUGGUGACUUCAACUUCACUUUGGGGCUCAAGGACAGUGUGAACCAACUAGGGGCCAGUUUUCCAGUGUUGUGGUGAACUGUCAAGUGCAAUUUGCAAUAAGUUAUCAUGAAAAAGUUUUUAGAUUACAUGAUUGCGUAUGCUGCAUUUUACAUUUUAUUGGACAUUUUACCCCAUUGGGUGAUAAAAA